AAUCUCCAAAGGUCGGUGGGAGGCGAAAAACCAUGGCUUGCCCAAGGACGCGGAGAUGAGGUCUUCAAUACUAUGCCCCCUUCCGGUUCCGGGAGAAAAUAAAAGGCCCGGGGAGUCCGGUACGGACGAGCCUCAAAGGAAGACUAAGCGGACAAAAAGGGCCGCCCGCAAACCAAAAAGCCAAAUCGUCUUGUCCUCCGAGGAAGAGGAUGACAAAGAGGAUGACGAUGAGGAGCAGCCGGAGCUCGUCCGCCAUCGAUCCAUUCGACCGGACCCUGAGCCGGUGGUCGAUCCAGCUGAGGCUCCUCCCGAGGACGUGAGGGUUGAGGAUGCUAGUGAACCCUCGGCCCCUGCGCGGGCGUCCCCGGGUACCGAUCACCCGGUUACGUCCCCCCCGUCUUCCUCGACUUGGGGGCAGCUGCCGGACGACAUCCCGAUGAUGGGAGGUAGCUUCGAGACCUUUUUUGAUGGGGUACCCUCCGCCAACACUUUCGGGCUCGAAAUCCCCCGGAAAGACCCUCAGGCCGAAUCAAGUGGGACUUCGGCCGUCAACAAGCUUGUCGAUAGGUUUCCAGCUCCGAGCCUGGACCCGGACUGUAACAGGAUAGUAACUUUUGCUAUCCCCAAAGACGUCCGGGCUCUGGGGCCCCCGGUCGGGGUUGCAAGCUAUCUUCAUCACCUGAUGACGGAGGAAGACCGGGCUGCAACCGAGGCUGUAGAUUGGACAUGCCUUUUCAACGAAGCCCAGCAGGCGCAGCUCAAGGUAUUUGCUUCUUCCUUUUAUUUCUAA